GCGUGUGCUUCGUAGCAAACACCGAAUAAUCAAAAAAUGUAGAGUAUCCUACACCUCCACGCGGAGAGAGAAAACGAGGGAAAAGCAAAAGCAGGAAUUCUGGAGUCAGAUCGGCGGGUGGUUACUGGUGGAGGAACUUUCUUAACCUAGGAGAGGGAGGGAGAGAGAAAGAGAGAGAGAGAGAGAGAGAGAGCGUUCGUGCCUCUUCCCAACGAACGAACGCUCUUCCUCCCUCAUAAACCACCAUCUCUCUUCCGCCAUUUACAGCGACAACUACUCCCAUCAUAAUCAUCAUCAGAGGAGUUCAAUUGCUAUCUCCCUUUUGAACCUCAGAUUGGCCCACUCAUCCUCUGCAAACAAGGCGUAGAGUUGUAUAUUUGGUGAUUACCUGUAGUUCUCAAACGGGUCGUAGCAAUUUUGUGUGUGGGUAUUGAAUUAAUACUGGGGAGCAGCAACAAGGUCUCUUUGUGGUUUGAGAAUAUGCUUGACAAAGAGUUCUUCACAGAAUAUGGUGAGGCAAAUCAAUAUGAAAUCCAAGAGGUUGUUGGCAAGGGGAGCUAUGGCGUUGUUGCAGCUGCAAUCGAUACUCAUACCGGAGAGAGAGUAGCUAUCAAGAAAAUCAAUGAUGUCUUUGAACAUGUUUCUGAUGCUACUCGCAUCCUCAGGGAAAUCAAGCUCCUGCGACUUCUUCGACACCCGGAUAUUGUGGAAAUAAAGCAUAUAAUGCUACCUCCAUGCCGAAGAGAAUUUAAAGAUAUUUAUGUUGUUUUUGAGUUGAUGGAAUCUGACCUUCACCAGGUAAUCAAGGCAAACGAUGAUCUCACUCCUGGACAUUUUCAGUUCUUUCUGUACCAGCUUCUUCGGGCGUUGAAGUACAUACAUGCAGCAAAUGUUUUCCAUCGGGAUUUAAAGCCCAAAAACAUUCUGGCCAAUGCAGACUGCAAGUUGAAGAUUUGUGAUUUUGGACUUGCUCGAGCAUCGUUUAGUGAUACACCAUCAGCUAUUUUUUGGACCGAUUAUGUGGCAACUCGAUGGUAUCGUGCUCCUGAACUCUGCGGUUCCUUCUUCUCGAAGUACACACCUGCUAUUGAUAUCUGGAGCAUAGGAUGUAUUUUUGCAGAAAUGCUUACAGGAAAACCGUUGUUUCCUGGGAAGAAUGCGGUGCAACAAUUGGAUCUCAUAACUGAUCUGCUUGGCACUCCUUCCUCUGAAACCACUGCAAGGAUUCGGAAUGAAAAGGCUAGACGAUACAUGAAUAACAUGGCGAAGAAGCCUAGAGUUCCUUUCUCACAAAAAUUCCCUAAUGCAGAUCCAUUAGCUCUUGGUUUACUUGAGCGUUUACUUGCAUUUGAUCCCAGAAAUCGUUGCUCUGCUGAAGAGGCCUUGGCGGACCCAUACUUCUUCAGUUUGACAAAUAUGGAAGAUGAACCAUCUACGCAACCCAUUCCGAAACUUGAAUUUGAAUUUGAAAGGAGGAACCUGACAAAAGAUAGCAUAAGAGAGCUAAUAUAUAGAGAGAUUCUGGAGUAUCAUCCUCAGAUGCUGCAGGAAUACCUUGAUGGUGUAGAUCGGAUUAGCUUCAUGUAUCCAAGUGGAGUGGAUCAAUUCAAGCAACAGUUUGCGCAUCUCGAGGAGGACUAUGGUAAAGGAGAAAGAAGCACUCCUCUCCGGAGGCAAUAUGCCUCUGUGCCUAGGGAGCGGGUCUGUGCGCACAUAGAUGAGGAUGAUGACGAAAAUAGUGAUUUGGAAAAGCAUGCUGCAGCUGCUAUUGCUCGCACGUCUCUCCGGAGCCCAAUGAGUUCAAGGGGGACUAAGGAUGUAGUGAUGAUGCUGAAACCGAAUGGCCCUAGCAAACAAAACUAUCGUGGUUGCGCCCCGUUAAAUUGUUCUGGCAUUAGUGCUCCCAAAGUGUCAGCAUAGGUUGGAGAGAUUUGGAAGGAAACAAUUUCGGAGUGAAAUGGACCCAUAAGCUGUUGGCAUUUUACACGUGAUAAAGUACUCAAGACUCUGGAUUCUAACUGAUUUAUAGGGGCCUAUAACUCUUAUUCUGCAUCAUGGGCUCCUGCCACCCUUUUUAUCUGCAAAAUUAGAAAUGUAACGGAAACAUUAUUGUAUUAUACAGUAUCUGUUUUCGUUUCCAUACUAAACAUGUAGCUACUCUCAAAGUUGGUUUCGAGUCGUUAGUUCUGCCGUGGUACCAGUGCUCGCAUCUGUGUGCGUUUGAUGUCGUGAUUUGCAAGGGAGAAAAUAAAGAACUCAAAAGAAUCUUUAUGCUGCA